UAGUCUUCUUCUUGAGUCAGACGCGGUGUCUGAUGGGCUUGGGCGACCGAAGCGGCCGGCGAGGAGGUUGCAUGUCAGUCUCCAGGUGGGCGUCUCUUCACGCACACUUCUCAAUAUCCGUGGGUAGCCGCCGAGGUCAUAAACGUAUGUGCUGAUGUGUUGUUGUUGUCCCUUCACCUGAACCUCAGUAGCACAGGAGUCAAAGAUCAACAUGCAGUGGAGCAGGUGGAGUGAUAAGGUCAUAUUUGUGACCUCUAUAUUCUUAGCACUUAUGAGGUUGAGAAUAUCACUGUUGGUCGAAGCAUCGUCGGCGCCUACCGAGGCUGUUGUCUCCGCGGCGUCCCUGUCAUCCGCGAGUAGCCCCGAGCUACAACUGUCAUCCUCGAGUAGCCCCGAGCUACAACCGGACGCUCCUGACGCUCUGGGGCUAAGAAUGAAGGAACCAGAUCGAGGCUCCAAGAACUGGAACAUCUCCCUGCUGGUGGGUGUUGACAGGAGCCUCCUUCAGGGACCAGCAAGGAGAGUACUCACAGGUGAGGGUGACAGCCAGACGUCGCCUGCAGCGGAGUUGGCCCACCUGCUCAGCCAAGCCGUUCAGAUUCAUCUACCUGAUUGCCAGAAGGUGGUCUUAUACAAGUACUCGAGCAACGCCACCAGGACCGGCGGGGGAGACGACCAGGUGGAGUCUCAGUUCAACCAGCUGGUGGCAGCCCUGGUCAACCAGUUUGGGAGAGACUGGGAGGACAUCUGGCUGUGGGAGUUGGACGCCUUCCUCGCGAGGACAUCCCCCACCUACAGUGUCAACACGAAGCCUCACAGAAGCACCCAGGGCGAAUACUGUGUAGCCUUCAUCGUUCUGGCGGACCUGGAGUCAGUGGGAGAAGCGUUCACUAACAUACGGAAGGGUUCAUGGUUCGAGGGAUCCACCAAAUACACCUUGGCGUUCUCUGGUGACCUGGUGACUGCUAAUCAGGUGAUCUCCCAUCGUCUCCUGAGAGAGAGUUCCAACUUAGUGGUAGUCUCGCGGGUGCUGCAGGAUUCUCUGGGUCCCCUAGAGAGGAGGUCCCUAGCGAGGGGGUCACCAGUGAGGGGGUCACCAGUGAGGGGGUCACCAGCGAGGGGGUCCCUAGCGAGGGGGUCCUCGGAGCCCCGUGUGUACCAGAUGGUGCAGGUCUGUCCAUACUGCGCAGCUGGGAGUCCCCAAGUGAGGGUAGUCGCUGAGUGGAGUCCCACCUCAGGCUUCUACAGUGAUGACCCGCUCUUCCCGGAUCUAUUUCAGAACUUCCAGGGUCACCAGUUCCGUGUGGUGACGCUGGUGUACGAGCCCUUCAGCUGCUACCACAAGGAGGGCAGCCGCAUCAUGCCGGCUGACAACUGCAUUGAUAACAACAUGCUGAGGGAGAUCUCCGCCGUACUCAACUUCACCUAUGUCUUCGUGGAGCCCAGCGAUGGCCAGUGGGGCCACAGGCUUCAGAACGGCAGCUAUACAGGUGUGAUAGGAGCGGUGGAGAGGAUGGAGGCAGACUUCUCCCUCAACGUGGCCAUCACCCAGGACCGGGAGGAGAAGGUUGACUGCACCAUUGGCUACCACGUCGAGCCAAUCACCUUCGCUACCUCCAAACCCCGGCUCCUCAACCAGGCUUUGGCGCUGCUCAGGCCCUUCACACACGAGGUGUGGCUGGCCUUCGCAGCCACACUGGUGCUGGCUGGACCUUUCUACUACAUGGUGUGUCGUCUGUCCUCCCGGGGCGACGCCACCCUCGCCCCUCCCUCGGUCAUCAGGGCCUGCUUCUACGUCUUCGGCGCCUGCUUCAACCAGAGUGUCAAGUGGGUGUCGGACCCGGGCGCUCGGAUCUUCAUGAUGACGUACGUGCUGACCAUGUUCGUGACGGUGACGGUAUACGUGGCCAUGCUCACCGCCACCCUCACGCUCCCAGCACUCUCCCCGACCCUCAACUUCCUCCAAGAGCUCAUCGAAUCCGACUUCACUUGGGGUAUUCAGGACCUGGGAGCAGCCGACUACCAGCUGCUGAAGACCUCGGAGGUGCCCCUGUACCGGCAGGUGUACAGGGGACUGAAGCCCUGCCCGGCCCUCGACGCCUGCAUCACCAAGGCCCGAGACACCAAGUACGCCUUCAUCACCUGGCGUACCUACCUGGAGGACCGCAUUGCUGUCAGGUUCACGAGUGCCACGGGGGAACGGCAGCUACACGUGGCCACAGGGAACAUCUUCCCCGUGGAACUGGGCUGGGCUACGAACCCUGGGUGUCCGUAUCGUCACCACUUCAAUCACAUAAUCCGAUCCCUUCUUGAGAGUGGCCUUGUUGCUAAGUGGCUCCGCGACCUGAUCAACGACCCGAAGCGACGGGAGGCGGACCCCUCAGUCCUCCAGCUUCAGGAGACGAACCAGGCCCUCGGUAUGAACCACCUCCAGGGCGUGUUCUUCCUGUUAGUGAUGGGACACUCCCUCUCCUGCAUCGCCUUCGUCAGCGAGGUGACUCUCUCCAACACCAGCUCUCCCUAGCAAAGUUCGCCUGCAAGUUUCUCCAACUGCUGCCCUUCGUCGAUCCAUCAGUAUCUUUCUCCAACACUCGUCCUCCACCAGCUCUACAGGCAAGCUCUCAAGGGCUCUGAGGAUGGAGUAUUUAGAUUCCCCAGAAGAAAGGCCGCAUCAAAAGUCCUAACGUUGGAACAACUCCAGGAGCCCUCCGGUAGGAGCAUUUUGUGGACGUUCAGAUUGAGGUACAAGAAAGCCCUGAGGUUGGGACACCUUGAUGGCCCUGAGGCUGGUUAAUCUUGAACACGCGAAGACCCCAGAAUUAUUACAACUUGACAAAUGUCAGAAGGCACCAAAAUGCACUGGGCACACAAAUGUAUGCUUGGUAGACGAGUGAUCGACCUUACCUUACCUUCUUCCCAGAUGAUUUAACUGGCGUGAUCUGACCUUACAUGACCUGACCUUGACUGUGACCAUUCUCCUACAAGGUGCACGCUGUCAUUAAUUUCUUUCACAUUAUAUUGUCUAUAAAUAAAAAGCUCACUACAGCAAAAAAUAUCUUUUAAUU